CCUCUCAGAAUGACUCGCUGACUUGGAAACCGGAAGAGGAGGUCGUAGCCGCCGCUACUGCUGCCGCUAUGCAGAGGGAAGAGAAGCAGCUUGAGGCAUCAUUAGAUGCAUUGCUGAGUCAAGUGGCUGAUCUGAAGAACUCCCUGGGGAGUUUCAUUUACAAGUUGGAGAACGAGUAUGACCGGCUGACCUGGCCCUCUGUCCUGGACAGCUUUGCCUUGCUUUCUGGGCAGUUGAACACUCUGAACAAGGUCUUGAAGCAUGAAAAGACACCACUGUUUCGUAACCAAGUCAUUAUCCCUUUGGUGUUGUCACCAGACCGUGAUGAAGAUCUCAUGCGGCAGACUGAAGGACGAGUACCUGUUUUCAGCCAUGAGGUGGUUCCUGACCAUCUGAGAACCAAGCCUGACCCUGAGGUCGAAGAGCAAGAGAAGCAACUGACAACAGAUGCCGCCCGCAUUGGUGCUGAUGCAGCUCAGAAGCAGAUCCAGAGCUUGAAUAAAAUGUGCUCAAACCUUCUGGAGAAAAUCAGCAAAGAGGAACGAGAAUCAGAGAGCGGAGGUCUCCGGUCAAACAAGCAGACUUUUAACCCUGCAGACACCAAUGCCUUGGUGGCAGCCGUUGCCUUUGGGAAAGGGCUAUCUAAUUGGAGACCUUCAGGCAGCAGUGGCCCUGGCCAGCCAGGUCAGCCAGGAGCUGGGACAAUCCUUGCAGGAACCUCAGGAUUACAGCAGGUGCAGAUGACAGGAGCUCCAAGCCAACAGCAGUCAAUACUCAGUGGGGUACAAAUGGCCCAAGCAGGUCAACCAGGGAAAAUGCCAAGUGGAAUAAAAACCAACAUCAAGUCAGCUUCAAUGCAUCCCUACCAGCGGGCCGCACUGGACGUGGCAGGAUUUACCACUUGCUGGAUGCUGCUAGUGGCGCCUGAACAGGGACCUAAGUAUAGGAAGACAUGAAAAAAGGGGAUCCCCCAAAGAGCUUCACUACAGAAAACACGAAUCCCGGCGGAAACUUGGAAGAGAGAACACCCUACGGAGAUAGAAACUUGGAAGAUAGAACACCUUCCCCAGCCCAAGGCCUCGCCCUGCCCGAGGCAUGCUCAGUUUUUUGAGAAAUGCUUCCUGACACACACCCAGACGAAAAGACUUCAUCUGCACAGAGAACUACUCAUCCUGACACAAAUACAGACGAUACACCCGGAUAGAGAUCCCGGUGCAUACACUGGCCAGGACACACAGGCAUCCUGCCAGAAGCGCUCACCAGAACUCCAGACCCAGCGAUGGAAACACUCAGACACAGGGCCAAAUAGGCCAUUUGCAAAUGACACUCAUUCAGCAGCACAUGCCAGAAUUGUGCUAGGUGCUGGGAGCACAAGGACAGAUUCCAAGCAGAGGGAACAAGCAUCGUGUGCACAAGCAGGGAGACUUCAUUAACUUAAUUUUUUAGCAGGCAUUUAUGAACUGCUUGUGAUAUGCCAAGCAUUGAGCAAGGCACUGGGAAAAAGAUAGGUGAAACAUGGUCACUCACAUGUCUAAUGAGGAAGACAUACAAACAAGUAAAUAAUUACAUGUAAUUAGUGCUAUAUGUAAGGCAUCGGGAGCAUGAAGAAUCAUUGAGUCGCUUGAUUGGGGGCUACAGAGUAGUUCAGCGUGCUAAGAGCAUGGCAGGGCAGGCUAGAUGGUCACGGAUGAGGCUAAGGCAGUGGUAGUAGUGAUUUGAGGACUGUUGGUACAAUAAACUAUUUGUUGUUAAAUAAGGGGUUGAGAGAAGGGAAAAGGAAGAGUCAAGGUGGAUUUCAGGCUUGGCUAACUGGGUAAGUGGGAGUGCCAUUGUCAGAGAUGUAACAGAGAAGUGAGUUUGAGGAAGAAAUACUGUUUGGUUCCAUUUUGCUGAGUCCAACAACAGUAAAAACUUAAUGGUAAUGUUGGAAUAGCAGUUACCUUGGCAGGGAGGUGUGCGACUGUAGGGGACAUGAGUUUCUCAAGUGCUAUAAAUAACCUAUAUCUUGAUCUGGAUCAUGGUUACAUGAAUGUAUACACAUGAACAAUUUAAUCAACUAUAUACUUAAGAUUUGUGUACUUCACUGUAGAUGAGUUAAGUUUUGGAUUAUAGUAGUCCCCCUUUAUCUGCAGUUUCACUUUUCACAGCUGCAGUUACCUGCAGUCAACUACAGUCUGAAAAUAUUAAAUGGAAAAUUACAGAAAUAAACAAUUCAUAAGUUUUAAAUUGCGUGCCAUUCUGAAUAGCAUGAUGAAAGCUCACGCCAUCUCGCUCCAUCCUACCUAAGACAUGAAUCAUGCCUUUGUCUUGCCUGUUAGUCACUUAGCUGCCUCGGUUAUCAGAUCAACUAUCAAGUUAUCACAGUGUUUGUAUUUAAGUAACCUUUGUUUUACUUAAUAAUGGCCCCAAAGUACAAGAGUAAUGAUGCUGGCGAUUUGAAUAUACCAAAGAGAAUCUGUGAAGUAUAUGUGUGUACAGGAAAAAACUAUAUAUAGGGUUCAAUACUCUCCGUGGUUUCAGGCAUCUACUGAGCGUCUUGGAAUGUAUCCCCACAGCUAAGAGGGAAAUUCUGUAUUGAGUCUAAAAUGCCUCCGGAGACUUUUAGGUAGAGCUAUCUGGUAAGAAGUUGUAUAUACUGUAUAUGUGGUAAAUGAGAAUAAAAAUAGAGAAAGAAACUAAGAUUUAACUAA